GGCACGUGACUCUUCCCGCAGAAGUGCAUGGAGUGUUUUGAGAAACACUGAGGCAUCUUCUCACAACUAUGCGCGUUCUUCACUCUGAAAUAACAUAGAGAAUGCUGUAAAUCCACUUAUCCGCCAUGCUGAGUCGCUUGCAAGAGCUCAAAAAAGAAGAGGAGACUCUUCUGAAGAUCAAAGUCAUGCUGCAGGAUCAGCUUAACAGAUUAAAGUUUGAAGAGGGAGCACUGAAGUCAAUGAUCAAUGCCCAAUCUGAGGAGAGCUCAACAGAACCUGCUACCCCCGAGGUUGAGGUCAACCCAGAUGACAAGACUGAGAUCAACCAGACUAAGCUAGUGCUAGGUGCUCCCAUUGACUAUGAAAUGGAGGAAGAGGAGGAAGACGAUGAUGACGUCGAAGAUGAUGACCUUGACAUGGUGCUAGAGGAGGAGGAGGAGGAUGACGACGACUACUGAGUUUCCGUUCAAAUAGCACAAGAGAACUAUCAGUAACACUUGCAAUUAAGUGUUUGACGUCCAAAAUGGCAUGCCAAAAGAUACGUGUUAAUAGCUUGUUAGGUUUGAUCUGUUUCUCUGUUUGUCUGAGGAUCAUGCUGCAUUGUAUAGAUUAUAGGUAAGAGACACCUUGGGAACCAACCAUAAAAUGAUGUGUAGCAAGCAUAGAAGCUCAAAAACAUCUUUUGGUACUGUAUAUGAGGGUCAGCCUGCACUUUUAAGUUAUUUUUGUAGAUUUAAGACUCCAGUAUUGCAUUUCCUUAGACCUAUUAAGAAGUUGUAUGUAGCCUUUGUUUCGAAUGGUAGUGCAUUGAGGUUGAAUGUACUGUUAUGAAUCUGUUGUUCAGUUCAUAGUGUUUGUAUUUAUGUUGUGAAUUUUUCUGGGGUACUUUUAAAAGUAACCUGAGUGGCAGAAGGAACGUGUGUGUGUGUAGGUGUGCGUGUGCGUGUAUGUAAUGCAUGUGCAUGAAACAUUUCUUGAUGAGCCGGUAAUGUACAGUAAUGUUUUUUAGUAUUUCAUGAGAAAUAUUGUAAAGGUGCAGUAGUUUAUUUACUUAAGCACAAUACAGAAGCUGGAUUCCCUA